AGUCCGCCGUCGUGCAAGCUUUCCCCUCUCCCUCGAAUCGUUCCUCUUCCACGUGCUGAGCAACUGGCAAGCGUACCUCUUGCUGGAGUGAAACCGGACUGGGAUUUGCGUUUGCACGCUUCGUCCGUAAUAGCAGCGCGGCGUUUGAGAAGCAGGAUUCAGUAGCUGAUGCUGGUCCCCUAUCAGAAGAGUUCGUUUGAAGACUGCCCAUAGACAAUCGAUGCCUGCGUUUGCUGAAGUUCUAGGAUUCUUCUGUUUUGCUGUUUAAUUAACUGAAGAGUCCAUUGUUUUCCCAUGAACCAUCUUUCACCUCUGGAAGAGAGAGGUGCAAAGUAGGUCAACAUGAGUGGCCUUGGGGACAGUUCAACGGACCCUGCCAACCCCGAUUCACGGAAGAGGAAAGGCUCGCCGUGUGAUACGCUGGCCCAGAGCAAUGAAAAGCGGCGACGGGAACAGGAGAACAAAUACUUAGAGGAGCUGGCGGAGCUGCUGUCUGCAAACAUUGGGGACAUCGACACUCUGAGUGUCAAACCCGACAAAUGCAAGAUCCUGAAAAAGACGGUUGAUCAGAUCCAGCAGAUGAAGAGGUUGGAACAAGAGAAAGCAGCCGAUGACGAAGUGCAGAAGUCGGACAUCUCGUCCAGCAGUCAGGGAGUGAUCGAGAAGGAGUCGCUGGGACCGCUGCUUCUGGAGGCGCUGGACGGCUUCUUCUUUGUGGUGAAUCGCGAGGGGCGCAUCGUCUUCGUCUCCGAGAACGUCACCAGCUACCUGGGCUACAACCAGGAGGAGCUCAUGAACACCAGCGUCUACAGCAUCCUGCACGUGGGCGAUCACGCCGAGUUCGUCAAGAACCUGCUGCCCAAGUCGCUAGUAAACGGAGUCCCUUGGCCUCAAGAAGCGACGAGACGCAACAGCCAUACCUUCAGCUGCAGGAUGCUGAUCCGGCUCCCAUUGGCAGAUUUCCAGUCAUGCCUGAUCUGCAUUGCGAGAAGAUUACCUCGACCCGCAGCCGUCCCCCCUUCCGAGUCCUUCGUGACCAAGCAAGACACGACAGGUAAAAUCAUCUCCAUUGACACCAGUUCCCUGCGAGCUGCCGGCAGAACAGGCUGGGAGGAUUUAGUGCGGAAGUGCAUCUAUGCUUUCUUCCAGCCGCAGGGCAGAGAGCCAUCUUACGCCAAGCAGCUAUUUCAAGAAGUGAUGACGCGUGGCACAGCCUUCAGCCCGUCGUAUCGGUUCACCCUGAGCGACGGGACGGUUCUCAGCGCCCACACCAAAUGUAAGCUCUGCUACCCUUCCAGUCCAGAAAUGCAGCCCUUCAUCAUGGGCAUCCACAUCAUCGACAGGGAUCACGGCAUGCUCUCUCCCCAGGAGAACACGAACUCGGGGCUCUCCCUGCCCCGGGUGAGCCCCUCGCUGAAUCCCAGCAUCUCCCCAGGGCAAGGCAUGGCCCUGCCGUCCUCCAUCCCUCCAUCCAACGGCAGCAUGUUGGCGACCAACGUAAACCAGCAGCCAGGCUCCGGCCUCCACAGCAGCAACUCCAGCACCAGCCAGACAAGCUUUGGGUGUUCACCUGGUAGCCAGAUAGGAGCCAACGUUGCCUUAAGCCAGGGACAAGCUGGUCCCCAGAACAGUAACCACACUUUAAACCUCAGUAGCUCCCCCAUGAAUAGUCCAGGGAUUACCCCGCCGCAGUUCAUGUCUCCGAGGCAUCGGGUGAGCCCGGGACUGGUACCGAGGCCCCGAGUGCCCAGCAACAACCCUUUCUCCCCCACCAUGCCCACCAUGCACUCCCCCGUGGGGAUGGCCAACAUCCUGCCCACCACGGCGGAGCAGCAACUGCGGCACGCCGAUGCCGACACGAGCUGCAAAGACUCCCUCGCCUGCGCGGGCGCCGCUGGCGGCCUGGCCGCCGGCAACCCGCCGAGCAGCACGUGCCCUUCCUCCCACAGCUCGCUGACGGAGCGGCACAAAAUUUUGCACAGACUCCUUCAGGAGGGCAGCCCUUCCGACAUCACCACGCUGGCGAUGGAGCACGACAAAAAGGAUAGCGCCCCGAACCCCGCCAGCACCCCCACGGCUCCCAGCCAGCUCCCGGGAACGCCGGAAAUCAAACUGGAGCCCGAGGCGUUGAAGAAGAAAGAUGUCAAGGAUCACCAGCUCCUGCGCUACCUGCUAGACAAGGACGAGAAGGAGCUGGCCGCGGCGCCGGCCCUCAGUCUGGACGACGUGAAGGUGAAGGUGGAGAAGACGGAGCAGAUGGAUCCGUGUAACACGACCCCCGUCCCGCUGCCCAAGCCACCCGCCGCAGAGGAAGUCAAGCUGGAGUCGCAGGGCCAGGUGAGUGGACCCUUGCGGAUCCGGGCCGGCAAGAUGCUCGCUGGACCUCGCUGCCGCCUGACGGGGGGCCUCGGGGGGGUCAGCGGUAUCGGAAUGACCGAACUGGAGAUGGGGGUGCCGGAGCAGCAGUUUGGACAGCCGAGCCUGGGGGAGCAGAUGCCGUGGCCGGACAACAGCAUGGCCUCCAUGAGUUUUCCGCGCUUUCCAGAAAUGUCGUUUUUUUUGCAGCCGAAGGGUUCCCGGUGCCUUCAGCUGCUUCGCUUCCAGCUGCUCCAGCUCCGUCCAGGCCUCCUCUGCUCUGCCUCCUGCCGUCCUGCCCAAAACGCUCGCGGGCGCAAAGCUCGGGAAAAGCACGGAGGUUGUCUCCGGCCGCUCAGCGCCGCGCCGUCCUCCCAACUCACGCCUCUCCCCUUGCCUCCUUGUCCCCGCAGCCCGUGCAUCACGUCGCAGCUGGACGAGCUCCUGUGCCCCCCGACCACGCCAGAGGGCCGCAACGAUGAGAAGGCCCUGCUCGAGCAGCUCGUCUCCUUCCUGAGCGGCAAAGAUGAGACGGAGCUGGCCGAACUCGAUCGAGCGCUGGGCAUCGACAAGCUGGUCCAGGUAGAGAGAUCGCCCUUGGUGGCGCUGGGGCUGGUGGGACGUCCAGGCGUGCAGGUGCCUUUGAAGGAGCUGGGUUUCCCCCGGCAGCCCCUCAGCCGGCCCCCGACGGCCCCCAACCAGCUGCGACUUCAGCUGCAGCAGCGACUCCAGGGCCAGCAGCAGCUGAUCCAUCAAAAUCGGCAGGCAAUCCUCAACCAGUUUGCAGCAAACUCACCGGUCGGCAUCAACAUGCGGGCAGGCAUGCAGCAGCAGAUGACGCCCCAGCCUCCGCUCAACGCCCAGAUGCUGGCCCAGCGCCAGCGGGACCUCUACAGCCAGCAGCACCGGCAGAGGCAGCUCAUGCAGCAGCGAGCCAUCCUGAUGAGGCAGCAGCGCUUUGGGAACAACCUGCCGCCCUCGGGCGGGCUGCCCGUACAGAUGGGGACGGCCCGCUUGCCCCAGGCGCCCCCGCAGCAGUUCCCCUAUCCCCCCAGCUACGGUACGAACCCAGGCAACCCGCCCACCUCCACCAGCCCCUUCUCACAGCUGGCCUCCAACCCCGAGGCGGCGCUGGCUAACCGCAGCAGCAUGGUGAACCGGGGCAUGAUGGGCAACGUCGGCGGGCAGUUUGGCGCCGGCAUGACCCCCCAGAUGCAGCAGAACAUCUUCCAGUAUUCGGGAUCAGGCAUGGGCCAGCAAAGUGAGCCCGCCUUCACCCCGUCGCUCAGCCCCAGCAGCCCCCUGAUGUCGCCGCAGCUUCCUCCGUCUCAGAGCCCCAUGCUGCAGCCGGCUCCACCGACACCAGGCUACCAGUCGCCUGACAUGAAGACCUGGCAGCAAGGAACGAUGGGGAAUAACAACGUAUUCAGCCAAGCCGGGCAGAACCAGCCGGCGCCUGCUCAGCAGGGCAUGUACAACAACAUGAGCAUCACCGUGUCCAUGGCGGGAGGAAACACCAGCGUCCAGAACAUGAAUCCCAUGACGGGACAGAUGCAGAUGAACUCACUGCAGAUGCCCGGGAUGAACUCCAUGUGCUCGGAGCAGGUCAGUGCCGCGCGGCGCUCACUCGGGAGCGCGGGCGGCGGCGGGCGGCUGUCACUCAUCCGGCUCCCCUUGGUACAGCAGGUUCAGGUGUUCGCGGACGUGCAGUGUACGGUGAAUCUGGUAGGAGACCCCUACCUGAACCAGCUUAUCUCUGUGCGGGGCCUACCUGGGAGCUAG